AUGUCAAGCGAAAGUUCUGAGGAUGCCUUUUCAUCUGAUGAAUCCAGUGAAGACGAAGAUUUCGACGUCAAAGAAGAAACUUCUCGCAAGCGGGUCAAAAAAUCUUCAUCAAAGGGCACAAAACACCAAAAAAAGAGUGCUAAAUUCUCAAAAAACCAAUUUCUUGAAAUUGCUGCAGACGAAGGUGAAGAGGACGAAGAAAGUGACAUUGAUCCUGAAUAUGAGCACGAGCGUCGUGAAGCUGAAAGACUUCUAAGUUCACUGCCUAAGCGCCGAGAUUAUUUAUCAGAAGAAAAGUCUGAAGAUAUUGCAAGAAGAUUUGAGCAUAGUGCGACUUUACAAAUGACUGACAUUCCUAAAGACCUUUCUCAAGUCUCCCAGCAGAGAAAUUUGCCAUCAAUUCAAGACCCGAAAUUAUGGCUUGUAGGGUGUAGGAAUGGGAAAGAAAAAGAAGCGGCCAUGAAUUUAAUGCAAAAAGCUUUAUUUAAGAUGAGAGAAGGAGAGCCAUUAGAAAUUUUUUCAGCAAUUGCCUCAAAUCAUGUAAGGGAUUAUAUAUAUGUAGAAGCCUAUAAGAAGGCUCAUGCUGCUACUGCUAUUAAAGGGAUUCAUUUGCUGAUUGAAUUAUAUUUAUUUUAUAUAAAUAAUAUUAAAAUACAAAUUAUUUUAUAUAAAGAAGCUAUUUAUCAAAAAAAAUCAUAAGAUUCUAUUGUCCCAAUUGAAGAAAUGGUAG